AUGGGGAUCGCGGUGCGGCUGCUGCUGGCUGUGCUGGCCUUCGCGGCGGUGGGCUCCGUCCUGGGAGCCGCGCAGGUCGGCCGGCCCGCGCCUGGCUUCGUGGCGGAGGCGGUCAAGGACAAGAAAUUCAUAGACAUCAAGCUGGAAGAGUACCAGCGCGACGGGAAGUACGUCGUGCUCUUCUUUUACCCGCUGGACUUCACGUUCGUGUGUCCCACGGAGAUCACGGCCUUCAGCGACGCGUACGACGAGUUCAACAAUCGCAACACGGAGAUCCUCGGCGUCUCGGUGGACUCCAAAUUCAGUCACCUGGCGUGGCUCAACACCCCCCGGGACUCAGGGGGCGUCGAGGGGCUCAAGUACCCGCUGGUGAGCGACCUGGGCAAGACGAUCGCGGCGGAUUAUGGCGUGCUGACGCCGGACGGCGUCGCCCUGCGCGGGCUGUUCGUCAUCGACCCCAAGGGCGUCAUCCAGCACGCGACGAUCAACAAUCUCGGGUUCGGGCGGUCCGUCGACGAGACCCUGCGCGUGUUGCAAGCCAUCCAGCACAUACAGACGCACCCUGACGAAGUGUGCCCGGCCGGGUGGAAGCCCGGGGGGCGCACGAUGGUGCCGACGCCGACGGGCUCGCUGUCGUACUUCUCAGCGGCCACAGGCGAGGACCUGUGA